AAGGAGCAAGAGCCUGCCUUGAAGCCAGGCGGAGAAAGAGAGGCAGGGAGACCGAGAGAGGGAGAGGGAGAGGGAGGGAAAGAGGCCGGAGCAGCCGGGCGCACGGAGUGGACUUUUCCUUCCUUCCCUGGGAGGCUUCCCCGUCCAAAGGCGGGAAGGACAGGAAGGCAAGUCCGAGGAGGGGAAGCCAGAGGGGCGAAGGGGCCCCUUCCUCGGUGCAUGUCUCUCCCGGGGCGCCUCCCGCCGCCCCUUCUUUCUCCUCCGCCUGUGGCCGCAUCUCCAAGAAGCCCCGCUCCCGGCCGUCUCCUCCUCCUCCUCGUGGCCGCUGCCGGCUGGACUUCUUCUCCCUUUGUGUGCGCCUGGUGACUCCGUGUCCUCCUUCCCCUUCUGUUGCCCUAGUUUUGUUUUGUUUUUGGAGCUUCUCCUCUCUCUCCCUUCCCUCCCUCUCCAUCCUUGGGCCGCCGCCGCCACUGCAUCUCCUCCUCCUCCUCCUCCGUCUCCUCUUCCUUGGCCCAGAGGAGGGAUGCUGCACGUGGAGAUGUUGACGCUGCUCUUCCUGCUGCUCUGGACGCGCGUCUUCGGGCAGGACCCGGGCUCCAAAACCGUCGCCGACCGCUACGCCGUCUUCUGGAACAGCACCAACCCCAGAUUCCAGAGGGGUGACUAUCAUAUUGAUGUUUGCAUCAAUGACUAUUUGGAUGUAUUUUGUCCUCAUUAUGAGGAUUCGGUGCCAGAAGAUAAGACUGAACGCUACAUUCUUUACAUGGUGAACUUUGAUGGCUACAGUUCCUGUGAUCAUACCUCGAAAGGAUUCAAGAGGUGGGAAUGCAAUCGGCCUCACUCGCCAAAUGGACCAUUGAAGUUCUCAGAAAAAUUCCAGCUCUUCACUCCCUUCUCAUUAGGAUUUGAGUUCAGGCCAGGCCGGGAAUAUUUCUACAUCUCCUCUGCAAUCCCUGAUAAUAAUGGAAGGAGAUCCUGUCUAAAGCUGAAAGUCUUUGUACGACCUGCAAACAACUGUAUGAAAACUAUAGGUGUUCAUGAUCGUGUUUUCGAUGUUAACGACAAAGUAGAAAAUUCAUUAGAACCAGCAGAUGACACUGUACAUGAAUCAGCUGAGCCAUCCCGUGGGGAGAAUGCAGCACAUACACCAAGGAUAUCCAGUUGGCUUUUGGCGACUCUACUGUUCCUCCUGGCAAUGCUUUUGACGUUAUAGCACAUACUCAAGCAAGCUGUCACAGACAACACCAGGAUCUUGGAACAUCAAAGAUCCACUUAUCUGCUCAUCCUAAGAAUGGGACUUUAUAUUGCUUUUGCAGAUGUUGGUUUGUUUUCCUCCCUCAAUCUCCACCCCUUAUUCCUCUGCAGCCUGGACUAUGAACAAAAAUGGGAGAGGCCUCACUGGCCCUCUUCCUGUUUCCAGUCUUUCCCCAGCCUUCCUUGACCCCUUCUAAAAUAAAAGGACUCCAAAUGAAAAUGCCAAAUUUCAAUAUUGACACUAGUGAUUCUUACUUUCCUCUGCAGCCUCUUGCGAUAUCGCCUCCGUUAGCUUGCUGGGCCAUCUGUGUGUGGAGAAGAAAGAAUAAUAGCAGAUGCAGGCAGUUGGAGGAUAAGGAAGUUCUUUGGAACACCAAGAGGAGUUUUUUCUUUACUCUCUUCAAUACAAUAUUUAUUCCUUCUUGUUCAGCACUGUAAGAUGAUCGCGCAAGGCACUGUGUCACCAUGUCAGGACUGGAGGGAAGAUAUUAAGAAUAGAUAUAGCAUAACACCAUUUCCUCCAGGAAUUUCUCAGUGAACAGGCUUCUCAGAGGGAAGAGACAUUCUUUUGUAUGCAACUACUUUGAAACAUCUUUGACAGUAGAACUUGUGCUCCACAACAGAAGCUGUGUCAUUAGGGGAGAAAAAAAAAGUGACUACUGAGAAAUGCUAGCACACAAGCAAGGUCAGAUUUAGGAAGCUACACUGGGGUGUGAGUGCCUCUAUUAUCUCUCUAAGUGGAUAGUGCACACCAGAUUACUUUUCUUUUGAAACAGAUCACCAUGGUGCUAUGAUAUAUAUAUAUAUACUUUCCCUUCAAAUGCAAAGAGGCAUUUUCUUUAACCUUUUUCCUUUUCUUUUGUGUGUGAAUAAAGUGACCUUUCCCAAGGCUGACCUACUAGCCAAUAGCCUUGGACACCACUCUGGGUGAUGAUGCAUGCUUAGAUGAUAACACUGGGUGAAAUAAGCCUGAUAAGAAGUACAGAUUCCCCAGAGUGUUCAUGAUGUGCCUCCCUUGAAAGUUUGGCAAUCAUUGGAAUAAAAUGCUGCCAGAGAAGGACCAGGACAGGAUGGGAAUGGGGGUGAGUAAUGAAAAGAAUAGGAAAAGUAUGUUGAACUUUGGAGUGAACAUGCAGGCACAGGUUUUAUAUCUCUCUUCCUUUCCAACACAGUUGAAAAGUAGAGGAAAUGUCUACAUCAGCAGGAGAUCAACUAGAUGGACUCCCAAAGACCUUUAACUAUUGUUUUUUUUU